UUAUCAUUUGGAUUGCUUUAUCCUGCUUACAACUCUUACAAGGCAAUUAAAACUAAAAACGUGAAAGAAUAUGUAAAAUGGAUGAUGUAUUGGAUUGUGUUCAGUCUUUUUACAGCAGUGGAAAUGCUCACAGAUAUAUUCCUAUCAUGGUUUCCUUUUUAUUAUGAAAUUAAAAUCCUUUUCGUAAUCUGGUUGCUAUCUCCAUGGACAAAAGGAGCUAGCAUUUUGUACACAAAGGUUGUACAUCCCCAACUUUCCAAACAUGAAAAUGAAAUUGAUUCAUACAUAACACAAGCCAGUGAUAAAGGCUACAAUUCAUUACUUCAGUUUGGUAGCAAAGGCAUUGAUUGCCUUGUCAAUGGUUUUACAGUAGGUGCAUCAAAGGUUGUUGCAAAUUUUUUGUUCUUGUUUUUAUUUUUGUGGCGUCACUUCACAUAUAAACUUUUUUAA